AUGGCUUUCCCCAACCCGAAGCCGCGAAACAUUGAAAAGGACGUCAAGGUGUUUCCCUGGAAGAUCUUGGAGUCGGCGCUCAAGAAGAUCAUUGGAAAGUACAGCGCGAGCCCCUCGUCGACGCUGCCCUCAGGGCAGAUGCUGACGCCGGCACCCGUCAGCUCGUACCCGGCGCUGCCGACUCCGCCCGCGCCGACGGUGGCUUCUGAUGGAGUCAACGUCUACGGGGUACAGGCCCACAUGCAUCAUCAUGAUACCUUGACCUCACCUCGAUCUCUCUCGGGCAGCAACCACAACUGGCCGACCUACACGGGUGCCCCAGCGCACUCUCGUGCUUUGUCACCAGCGCUCACGACAGGGUCGCCUCGUCAAUCUUCCGGACGGCUGUCGGGUCCACUCCCAGGCGUCUCCGCGUACGAUUCGAGACCCAUGGCACCGCAUGCCUAUCCCGGACCGAGCAUGCACUCCUCCAUUGUGCACCAGCCCACAGCACCAACAGCACCCGGUCGCUGGGACCCGUCGGCGAUGCCCUCAAUGCACCCGCCGGCGACGUAUGCUGAGCAGUACCAACCGAUCAGUGCACACCACGGUCCCAGCCACCCGCAGGUCUACAGUUCCAACGGGUACAACGACGGGGCGCAGCGGGCCUAG